AUGUCUCAAUGGAAAUAUGCGUUCGGUCUGACCAAGCAACAAGUUGCUGAAGCCGAACCUCCUGGGACGGAGAGGUUGAUUGAACACGAGGAAAACGACCAUGUCACCCUCAUUCCCCCACCCACCCUCAACCCCGCCGACCCUCUCAACUGGUCCCGAUGGCGCAAAUACACCGUCUUGGGAAUCAUGUCCAUCUACUGCUUCAGCGUCAACCUCGCCUCCUCGGGUCUCGCGCCCUCGCUCGGACUCAUCAUGGUGCAACUGCCUCGACCCGAAAACUCUCCUCCGCCCGAAUUCAGCAAACUCACGCAUCUGAUCGCCUUCAAUGUGUUGAUGAUUGGGUUGGGAAAUAUCAUUUGGGUGCCCAUGUCGAAUUUGGUGGGGAGACGGCCUGUGUUGAUUUUUGCUAUGACUGUGACUGUCGCUGCGACCGUGUGGUGUGGUGAGGCCAAGUCGUUUGAUUCGUUGUUGGGGGCGAGAGUUGUUCAGGGUUUCGGAAUGGGGCCCGCGGAUAGUAUUGCGGCCAAUGUGGUUGGAGAGAUGUUUUUUGUGCAUGAGCGCGGGAGGGCUAUGGCCGUUUAUACCAUUUUCCUCUCGGGAGGCUCCUUCAUCGGUGGUAUUGCAGGAGGCUACAUCUCGAGCGACCUCGGAUACCGCUACAUCUUCUGGAUCAGUCUCGCUCUCCUAGGCUUUAUCCUGGUGGCCCAGAUUCUCUUUGUGCCGGAAACCAGCUUCGACCGUGUAGGACAACUCCUGCAAGACCAAAUCACCUCGGGCGACCAAUCCACCUCAUCAUAUGCCGACAGCGAGAAGGAAAAGGAGAAAUCCAACGUCAACACCAUCGAACACGCUCCCACUAAAUCCAUGACUCCUACCACUUCCCGUCACAACAACAACUCCACUUACACUUAUGCCCAAUCUGUUGGCUUCCGCCUCCCACCCAACGACAAGACCAAAUCUGUCCCGCAACUCGUCUUCCAACACUUCCUCGCUCCAUGGAAGACUCUCCUCCUCCCCGGCACCUGGCUCGUCUGCCUGCACUACGGCGGUCUCCUUGGCGGUCUCGUCACCAUCUCCACCGUCGGCCCCCAAAUUCUCUCCGGACCACCCUACAAAUGGGGCGACAACGCCGGCCUCCUCAACCUCGGCGGUGUCGUCGGCACCAUGAUCGGAGGACUGUUCACCUAUGUCGUGACGGAUAUGAUUACGCGCAUCAAAGCAAAGAGUGAUCGCAACGGUCUGGCCGAGCCCGAGGAGAGGCUCCUCACCAUGUUCCCCGCCUUGAUCAUUUCCACGGCAGGCAUUUGGACGUUUGGAUUUUCUGCCGGAAUGCACAAUACCUAUACGGCGUGGGUGGGAAUGGUGUUUGGACUGGGAAUGGUGGGAUUGGGAAUCACGCAGAUUCCUUCUGUCGGCUUCAAUUAUCUGAUUGAUGCGUAUGGACCACUGGCGGCGGAUUGUUUUGUCAUGACGACGAUUGCGCGCAGUGCGAUUUCCUUUGCGUGGACCUUCUUCGCGGGCCACUGGGUGGAAACGGCGGGUGCGGAGACGCCGUUUGGCGUGUUUGGCGCCUUGAUGGGCCUCUUCAGUCUGUUGACUUUGCCCGUGUGGUAUUGGGGAAAGAGGAUGAGGAUUGCUACUGCUGGGCUGAUCCCGCGAGAGGAGUAAGUAGAUCUGCUGUAGAUGAUGAAUGGUAGGCGUGGUGGAAAUGAAAUGAUGAUUACGACAGCUCAAAUGGUGGUCACGUCUUCACUCUCGUGGUUCCCUGGCGAGCAUCAGCUCAGAACCAUAUAAAGGCAAGGCGUCCCCAAGACAUUGAAGAUGGUAUCGGGUGAAAGUGACAAUGGGUAGGCUCGUCUGGUUUCUCAGCCUGAGAAGUAAUCGUUCAUGUAGCCAUCUCCGCAUGGCACUUGAUAUAAGAGGAGUUCCAUAUCCCUCACAGGAAUGCAUCUGACAUACCCAUUUCAUCAUUCAUGGUAAUCACCCACAUCAUCCGCAUCAAUACCUCUGAACCACGGCUGCCAUUUGGCCCGCAAUACCAAAUCGGCUCUUGACAUUCUCAGGCAUGUCCGGACUCGGCCCAGUCGCCCCAACGACAUGGCUACUAUGGCUUCCGGGAAAGCCUUCCGCCUUUGCCCUCAUUUUCACCUUUUCCAUCAAUCUCGAGACAGGCAAAGAAGGUGCUUCGACCUGCUUGACCAGUUGUACUCGUGCAUCAUCAUCAUACGCGUGCAAAGCAUAAUGUUCACGUAUCAGACGCUGACUGUCGGGAUGCAACGAUGCGUACACUUUGUGGUGGCAGCCAUCUAAUGCACACACCCACGUAUCUUCUUGCACAGGAUCUGGAACAUGCGCGACUUCCGCCAGGCCGAGAGGGACGUCGACGUCCGCAUCGCCACUCGAGUCAGGCGAGGUGGGUAUAUCGAUUCCCUCGUCGUCGUGGGGUCGGGAGUUGGGCCGUUUGGGUUUUCUUCGGUGGACAUUCUCAUCAAUCUCGUCCACAUGUUUCCGCUUGCCUCUUAUUGGCGAGGAAGGUGGAUCAGGGUCAUCUUCAUCACCACCGUCGUCGUUGAGCCGCGGCCCUUUGCUGCCACCGUUGCGUGAAGCCGAUUUAUUGGCCUUGGACGCACGAGGACGCAGAGAAGAUUUGUUCUUCUUUUCUCGCGCUCGGAUCUCUUCGUCGCUUUCUUCCUCAUCUUCCUCUUCCUCCUCCUCCCUCGCGGGCGUUGCAACGGGUUCGAGGUCGACUGCUGCCGGAUGAUGUCGCAUUUGUCUCGUGGAUGGCAGUUUCAUUUUCGGAGAUCUCGUCGACCUUGUCGGCCUGUCGUCUUCGGAAGCGUCCUGCUCGGGCACCUCCGGGAUGGUCCCGCUUGCGUCUGAAGUGCCGUCCAGGGGUGUCACGACUUCGACGAUGCCUCCUCUUGCUGCCCGAGUGCGCUUUCCCUUCAGACUGGAUGUGGUGGAGCUGGUUUCUGCCGAGCCGUGCCGCGUUCUCCGUAGUCUUGCAUCAGUAGGCCUUCCCACAGGUGCGGAAGUGGUCUCGACCGAAUUCUGCCUCGUUGACCGCGUCUUCUUCGCCGGAUUCGACGUUGCAGUCGAGUUCGUAUCCCCAGAGCCCCUUCUGGUGUGCAGUGACCGCGAAAGCUUCGGUUCCAGAGGCUCACGCCUUUUCCUUAGCAUGUCUAACGUGUCCGGGAAGCGCCUGUACAGAUGCCUGCAGAGGGAGUACUUGGUCCACGCCAGACCCUCUUUCCCGGCCAACAUGGAGCUGAUCAAAAAGUCCUUGUGCCGGUAGAUUGUAGCCUGUGCGACCUCUGCGUCCUCUGUGCCGAGCUUCUCACGCGCGUAGUUCUCGAAGAUCUCUUGCGCCGUGUAGUCCCUCAGCAGAGUUCGGUUCUUGCCUCUUCCCUCAUAUCGCUCCUUCUUGUAGGCAUCUGCAAUGUAGUAGAAGAUCUGCACGGCUUCACACAUGUCAUCGAAUAUGCGCUUGUACUGCUUGCUGGGACGAAUGUGGUGCCAUCCCGCUCUCCCAGCAGCCCAGACGGCUGGCGAGGCUUCGGUCUCACCAAAGGCGAACUGGCGCACAUUGUCCAAGACGAGUGUAACCCGUUUUGCGCCCUCUUUCUGGGGUUUGUGUCGGUACAAGUGGUGGUCGUCGUGGUCCAGCGGCUCCAGCGUGCCGACCACGGUGACGGGAUAGCCUGCCUCUGCGACGAGCAGACUGACCAGCUUGGCCUCGUUGCCUGGUUCAUGGACGAAAGUUUGCGUCAGGACGAAUUCGUGCCAGUCAUCGGUGUUUUGUACGGCGGGGUCGCGUUCGCGGAGUACGUCCAGUUCGGGAGUUGCGGGCGCCAUGUUCGUAUGGAUGUCGCGAUGACGGAGGGGUGCUCAAGUGGUGGUGAGGGUCAAUGCGGUGUAUGUAC